UGGAAUAGGCUUUGUAUUUUGAGUAGCAGUUUGUAGGACGAAUCAUCAAGUGGAAAGGAAUUCUUUUGCGUGAAAGCGUAGACCAAUAGGUGGAAGCAAAAGGAUUGAGUCCUGCCCAGGUUAGGUUGUGGUCUGUUUCCGUCUGGUAAGCAGGAGGUUCCUUUCGUGCGCGGGAGGUCGUGGGGCUGAAUCUGAACAUCGGGCGCUGCGGAGUGCACCUCAGGCUGACAAGAUAAAAUGCAGGGAAACAGAGGCUUUAAAACAGAGCAGCAGAACCAUGCUUAUAAGAAGCCACAAUAUGGUCAGUCCCAUUAUCAGCAGUAUGAAUCGGAGACUCAUUCACCCACCAAUGGACAGCAAAACCCCAGCCCCAAUGAAGGUAUUACUAUUGAUUUGAAGAAUUUCCGGAAACCAGGGGAAAAGACCUUUACUCAGCGCAGUCGGCUCUUUGUUGGUAACCUACCCCCUGAUGUUACAGAAGAGGAGUUGCGAAAAUUGUUUGAGAAAUUUGGAAAGGCAGGUGAAAUCUUCAUCCACAAAGACAAAGGUUUUGGUUUUAUCAGGCUGGAAACCCGGACACUGGCAGAGAUAGCAAAGGCAGAACUUGAUAAUCUUCCUAUCCGUGGAAAGCAGUUGCGUGUUCGCUUUGCCUGCCACAGUGCUGCAUUGUCAGUGCGGAACCUUCCUCAGUUUGUGUCUAAUGAUCUCUUAGAAGAAGCUUUCUCCAUGUUUGGCCAAGUGGAAAGAGCUAUAGUUAUUGUGGAUGAUCGUGGUAGACCAACAGGCAAAGGAAUAGUGGAGUUUGCAUCUAAACCAGCAGCACGGAAGGCUCUUGACCGCUGUGCUGAUGGCUCAUAUCUUCUUACUGCCUUUCCCCGUCCUAUAACUGUGGAACCUAUGGACCAGCUUGAUGAUGAAGAAGGAUUACCUGAGAAACUUAUUGUUAAGAAUCAAGGCUACCACAAGGAGAGAGAGCAACCUCCCCGCUUUGCCCAGCCUGGAAGUUUUGAGUAUGAGUAUGCAAUGCGCUGGAAAGCUCUUAUUGAAAUGGAAAAACAGCAGCAGGAUCAAGUAGAUAGAAACAUUAAAGAAGCACAGGAGAAGAUGGAACUGGAGAUGGAGGCAGCAAGACAUGAGCACCAGGUCAUGCUUAUGCGUCAAGAUUUAAUGAGGCGCCAGGAGGAAUUGCGCAGAUUGGAAGAACUACAUAAUCAAGAUGUACAGAAACGGAAACAGCUGGAACUGAGACAUGAAGAAGAACGCAGGAGGCGUGAAGAGGAGACGCGUAGACAGCAGGAGGAGAUGCUCAGACGUCAACAAGAAGGCUUCAAAAAUGCCUACCCUGAUUCAAGGGAACCUGACAUGAGGAUGUCACAAAUGGCCAUGCCUGGGGCAAUGGGAAUGAACAACCGUUCAUCACUGGGUAACACCAGUGUCCCUGCAGGGACCGCUCCACCUACAGGACCUGGACCCAUGAUGCCAGAGGCAGCUGGAAUUGGCAUGACUCCACCAUCAGCCGACCGCUUUGGUCAACCACCUCCCACCAUUGAAGCUCUAGGUGCAACUAAUCAACAAGCUUUCCAACGUGGCACACCAGGAGCUGACUUUGGCCCUAAUAAGCGUCGCAGAUAUUGAAAGCCUUUUUUAUGUCAUCAGCUGUAUGAGUUGCCCAAGAUUAGUAUGACUGGAUUUGUAUUGUAGAGUUCAUGUUGUAGGGCAUUCUCUGGUGCAAAUGGAGACCAGUCCUAUGUUUUAGGCACAACUUGUAGAGGGAUUAAGGGUUGAGAGGGGAAUAUAGCUGAAAAAAUUGUAAACUUUCCAGGAAAUAUACUGCUGACCAUCUUUUCUAAAAAAAAAAAAAAAAAAAUAGUGUGAUCACUUCUGGACAAUGCUAAGCUGUAAAAGGGCCACUAUUCCUCCCAUACCUUCCUCUUCAAUCCACCA